CACAAGUGCGCAUGCACCCCGGUGGCGAAAGCAUUCAGAAUCCGCACACCUGCCCUCCAGCGCACCAGCAAACAAAACAGCACAGCACCAGCCGAGCACCGCUCCAGCCGACACGCACAACACGCCGACCCAACCUGCGCCCUGAGAAUUGCUCCGUUCCCAGCAUGCAGCGGCCGCCGCCUUUGCAGAGGCGGCCCUCGCGCAUUCCCACCAAACUGCGGAGCUCCCUUGGGGACCUGCGGGCCCAGUCGACCCUUUCGGUGGAAUUCGCCGCGUCCCAGCACGACUCGGGAAUUUCGCGCUCAGUCAGCCUCGCAUCGCUCGCCUCCUCCGUGCCAAAUUCCUCCACCAUAAUGCGCCAUCAAAAGGUUGCUCCUCGUUAUGGAUUGUUUGACUGCUGCAAGGAUGAACUCGUCGAGCUCGACGAGGAUCCACAUGUCGAGUGCAAAAUUGUCAUAGAUCUCUUGAAGGAGCAGAAUGAACUGUUGAAACGUGAGCUGAUGAAGAAACAACUCAUGAUGGACAAUGUGAGGAUCGAGCAUGCUGCCUACGACAGAAGAGUGGUGCUACCUCCCUAUCACCCUGACUUAGAAUCUAUUGCUCAUCACAACUUUAAAAGGUCUCAGUCCUGCGAUGCCUCACUUGAAAGAGAAGUCUCUGCUGGUGAUGAGGAUGAUUGUGAUCAGAGCUUGAUAGAGUUUUGGGUAGGAAACCAGGAUGUGCAAGUGUCCAAGCGCAACUCUGAGCGCAGUAUAAGCCUCACCAUGCCAGACACUAAAACUGAAGUCAAUGUCGAGAGGAAUACACCAAGCCCAGCAGAGGAGCAGACCUUGGAAAAAUCGCAGUCCCUUGAGUCGGUAUCCCUGCCGUCAAAGACCUCUACCCCUAUCAUCAUUUCCAGCGUUUCCAAGAAGUCUUGCGACCAGUCAAGCUGCGAGAAUGACUUGAGCUUACAGAGCCUCCCUAAAGAUGACUCGAGAUCCAGAGUAGAGCGAUGGACUGCACAAACGCCUGAAAACCCAAUCAUGGGCCCUCCAUCAGUUCAGUGGCGGCUGUGCAGAAAGAGCCGCCCGACUCAACUCAACAUUGCCAGUGUCCCUGCCAGAGAUGGAGAAAUGGUAAAACGGCUCAAGUCGCCAGCUGCCUUCUCGCUGCUUUCCCCCAGGCCAUACAGCAAACUUCCGACUGCAUUUGUUCCGCCCCUGGAUCUAUCCAAACUUAGGAGCAGCAGCGAAAGUGAGACCUCUGAUCACAAACAGAAGCAUUGCAAGAAUAUGACUGCCGCUGCCUCACACAAGAUUUUGGCGAACGCUCAGUACAAUGCAGUGCAGAGCAGACUUGUGCUACAAAAUCUGCAAAAAAUUAGCGAAUUGAAAAGGAAAUAACGACAUACCUCUGAACUCUGCCUUACUUAUUAUGAGAAAAAAUGUUGUAAGAAGUCAUCAAGAACUGAUGGUGGGCAUGUGAUUGAAUUUUAAAAUUUGUGUUCUGAUAUCAAGAUGUAAAAAGACAAGACAUGUUUCUCCAAUUUUUAUCUAUUUUACCCUCUGUUUACCAUUAGCUGAUAAUAAUUGUUUCUGAAUGUUUGAGAAUCUAUAUUAUAUAUUUUGAGCAAAUGAAAGAAAAAGUUAAAUAAUA